UCUCAAGAAUUAUCCAAAUCAAAUUUAUGGGUACACAUUGUACUGUAAGACAUUAUUUUCUGUGUAUUAAGAAGUGCAAAAAUAUUGUAAACUGUGAUUACUGUUCAAAAAUUCCCCCACAAAUCCCUUAUUUUGAAAAGCUAGAUCCUCUGCCAGACCCAAUUCCAGAUGUGGAUAUGACCCACUACAAACCAUUUGAAUCUGUAUGGGGUACUUGUACCUCAGAGACUCAUCGACCAAGCAUGAAAGAGAACAGUGGUAUAUCAAAGAAAACUAAAUCUCGAAAGCGAAAGUUACCAGGUCCUGAAAAAGUACAAGAUGAUCCACAACCUAUAGAAUGUAGAAAGUCGGCAGAAACUGUUAGAAGUUUCAUAUCAUGCUACAUGUGUGGAAAGUCACGAUGCCUUUAUUCAUCUAGAAAAUUAUCAUAUGAACAGCAAGUAAAGUUUUAA